AAACAGAAAGACAUUUUGGCUGAGUUAAGCAAAGGCAUUUAUACACCAGCGUCACGCAUCUAUAGCAUAAUGGUUUGAGUUGGUUUUCUAAAGAGUUACACAAAGCACUGAAGGGUUUCACAAAGCACACCCUCACCCCAUGGUUUAUCACACAUACAAUCUCUGCCGACACUGAUAACCAACAAAGAGCCUCUGCACAGGGAGGAAGAUUCUCACACAUCAGGUGCUCAAAGUAACACUUUGCAAAUCGCAGUAUGAGGACGUGAAGAGCAAAUUUAGAUGCAUAAACGUAACUCAAGAAUAAUAGGAAAUAUGAAAUUUCCAUUACAGUGGUCAAAUUCAAGAAGAAAGAUCAUUUACCGGUGAAAUGAGGAAGAACAAAAGUGUGUUGCUGUGUAAGCUGACAGAAACAUACAAAAAAAACCAGGGAGAUCACAGGUCAGCACAUUCCUAAGAAAAGAUAACUACCAACAGUUCAUACUUCUCCAGUCAGUAAAAUAUGGCGAGUGGUGUCCAUAGCGAGGAUUUCGAGCUAAGCAUGAAGGAUGGUUUAGACAGGAGUGAUGCCUUACAGAGCCACUCUGGUGAGGAUGGUGGACUGACUUCAGCAACCCCUGGAAGAAAAUUCUUCAGACUGGUUGCUGUGAGCUUUGGACUCCUGUGUAUCCUAUUAGCUGCUCUCAUUGUCUCUCUGCGUCUUGCUUUCACUUCUCAACCAGGCACUGAGGCCAGUUAUGAAAAGCUGGCUGAAGAGAGAGACGAGUUGAAGAGGAUCAACUUCGAUAUUGAGGUCAGUUUUAAAAAUCUGACUGAGGAGAGAGACGAGCUGAGGAGGAUCAACUCUGAUACUGAGGCCAAUUAUAAAAACCUCACUGAAGAGAGAAAAGAGUUGAAGAGGAAGCUGAAUACCUUGUAUUCACAGCAUAUUUCCCUGACCGAAGAGAGAGACGAGCUGAAGAAGAUCAACUCUGACAUUGAGGCCAGCUUUAAAAACUUGACUGAAGAAAGAGACAAGUUGAAGAACAUCAACUUUGAUACUGAGGCCAAUUAUAAAAACCUCACUGAAGAGAGAAAAGAGUUGAAAAGGAAGCUGAAUACCUUGUAUUCACAGCAUAUUUCCCUGACCGAAGAGAGAGAUGAGUUGAAGAGGAGACUGAAAAUCUUGGGAUGGGUGUAUUUCAGCGGUAGUGUCUAUUACAUUUCUUCCACUGAGAGAACCUGGCAAGAAAGUAGAAAUGACUGUCUUCAAAAAGGUGCAGACCUGAUGAUUAUCAACAACCAAGGAGAACAAAAUUUCACACGCCAAUUCAAGAAGUACAUGUGGAUUGGACUGACUGACUCAGAGAGGGAGGGGACAUGGAAGUGGGUGGAUGGGACUCCGCUGACAACAAGCUUCUGGGGCUCUGGGGAGCCUAAUGGUAACACAGGUGAAAACUGUGGGGAAACAAAAUAUCCUGAUAUGAAAAACAACUGGAAUGACGAAGGAUGUUCCAGUACACACUACUGGAUCUGCGAAAAGAAAGUUUCUCCAUAACUCUGCAUCUAAAGCCAGCAGACAAUUGUUGGCUUAGUAUGGAUGUGGUCUCAAAUGCAGGGAAAGUGGCCAGAUACAUAGAAACAAUAUACAACUAAAGUCACUGCUUUGUUCCAAAAAAAGAAAUAACUGUAAUAUAGAUUAUACAUGCUUUGAUUCCUCUCUAAAUAAAAGCCUGCUCUUUCCUCAUUAUUUGUCAUUAUACAAUGACUAAAUUUCAAUCUAUGAAUGUCUCCCUUAAAAUAAACUAGUGGUCUCUGGUGGUCUCAGACCUGGGUGACUCUGCUCAAAAGAUUCCCACUAUUAGAUACUUUCCAAGGGAGACUCGGGCAUUAAUCAACAGAUUCUUGGACAUGUAAAAUCAGCCUCUCCUGUAAAUGAGGCUCUGCAGUACAUUCUCAGACUGCGAAUCCUUUAGCUCCCUUCAGAAUCCCUCACAAGCUUCAUAAUCGUUAAGCUUUGGCUACACUGGAUACAGUUGCACCUUUAAAACCCCGGGCUGCAAAACCCUGUCAAAUCAUAUGUAUCGAAGAUGAGGACAUCUGUAGCCUCACAUGAACAUGCUUGGAGAAUAAAAACAGUGAGGUAGUCAGGCAGUCAGGCUUCUAGUAUGAUGACCACACUCUAGUUGGUGAAAUAUGGUUGUCCUUAAAGAGGAAUCAGAGAUGACUAUGGAAAGUGCAAAUCUCUGUGAUGCUUCAGUCAGGAGAGUUGCCUCAAAAAGUAGCAAAAGGUGAAGACGGUGAGAUGGCUGCUGCAGUGCCUGGGGAGAAAGAAAUGCUAUCAAUUUUAGGUUGUUUUAACCUUAAAAGUAACAUUGACAAGAAUGAAAACAUUAAUCUUGCGCUGAACAAUAUUCUUGCAUUAAAAUGUAAACUAAUAGUGCAUGCAAGGUAUUUAGAAGUUUAAGAAACAAACUAUCCAAAGAAUUUAUGUGUUUAUAAGGUUUGUAAGUGUAGAGUUGAAAAUGUCACUUUGGUCUUUUAUUUCAAUAUUUGCUUUUGUGACCAUUUAUACAUUUGAACAUCUUGUGUAAUCUUGUGUACUUUCAUUUGACAGUUAAACCACUUGUUCUAUUUUACUAUCUGACCAACAAACAUCAUCCUUCACAUGCAUGUGCUUAUUCAGUACUAACACAAUUUCACAAGUGACCUGGGUGGGUUAGACUAUGUUUGGUGCUUUGGCAUUUCUAUUAAAAUUGCAGCUACUACAGUUUUGUUAGCAGUCGACAGACUGUUGGUGCUGGUAGGUUCCAGUUACUGAUGUUACGUGUGAAAGUACUGUACGUACAUAAUGUGAGGGUGAGGUUCAGGAUGCACUGUUAAAUCCCUGGCAAACAGCCUCCUGCAUGCCUUCCCCAAUUCCAGAGGAUAAACAGCAACAGAUUAAAAAUGAAUAUGUGAAGUAAAUCCAUUUUAGUGCUGUAACUAAUGUUCUUUCAGCUUCUUGCAGAGCACAAUAGUAUGAGUAAACCUUAAACUUUUAAGAAGUGACCACACACUCUCAACUAAAGACUGUUUCUAAAGAAACACUGUGAAUUUUAAAUGUCGUUUGAAGUUUAACAUGGCCACAUCCUGCGUACCGCUGUCUGAUCAAUGCUGGUUGGUUUGUAUUCUUUGUUAAAAGCUUAUUUGUUUUUGGAUUCAGUUUAUGGCGCUCUGGGGAGCCUAAAAAAGAUUAUGGCCGAAACGAAGACCG